AUGAGACGUCGUGAUCUUCCGCAUAUUUGCAGAUUGGACCCUGAGAGCCCCAUUCUGCAAUAUUACCUCGACCAAACCUCAAAAAUGGGUCAGGCCUCUGCCCUCAUACUCAACACUUUUGAGGAACUCGAGGCGCCCAUUAUCUCCCACCUCCACUCAAUCUUCCAAAAAAUCUACGCAAUUGGGCCACUGCACAUUGUCCCGAGGCCCAUUGGGCCUCAACCUGGGGCAGACACUUCCCACAACUCCUCUAGCCUGUUCCAGACGGACCAAUCGUGCAUGGGCUGGCUCGACUCCCAACGGCCCAAAUCGGUCCUGUACGUGAGCUUCGGCAGCGUGGCAGUGCUAACCCGCGACCAAUUCACAGAGUUCUGGCAUGGGCUCGUCGACAGCGGGAAGCCGUUCUUGUGGGCCAUAAGGCCCAAUUUGAUCGCCGACGACAAUAAUGGGCCCAAUAUUGCCACUCUUGAUGAGCUGAAGGCGGCCACUCCUGUGAGGGGACUGAUAGUGGGUUGGGCCCCGCAAGAGGAUGUUCUGGCCCACGAUGCCGUGGGCGGGUUCUUGACGCAUAGCGGGUGGAACUCGACUUUGGAGAGUAUGACAGCCGGCAAGCCCAUGAUCUGUUGGCCUGCGAUUGCGGACCAGCAGGUCAACAGUAGGUGCGUGAGCCAUAUGUGGAAAGUGGGGCUCGACAUGAAGGAUGUUUGCGAGAGAUCAACGGUGGAGAAAAUGGUGAGGUAUUUGAUGGAGGGCGGGAGGGAGGAGUUGUUGAGAUCGACGGAGGAGAUUGCUCGGUUGGCUCGGGAAAGCGUUCGUGAUGGCGGGUCGUCUCAUCGCAAUCUUCAAAAGUUGAUUGAGGAUAUAAAAGUUGGUGCUUUCCUCUAG